AUGGAGGAAGACUGGGAGCUCAUCAUUGAGAGUGUUGAACUGCUGUGGAGGACGGAUGUAAAAGCGCAGAUGCCGAUAAACUUGACAGAAAAUGAGUUAGAAAUCUCAAUCGCAUCGUUUCUGCCAAGAUUCGAGCCGUAUGAUCUCAAAUUACCUGUCUGUCUGCCGAAGUGUCACCAAAACAUUACCAGGACUAUACAAAUCUACCCAUUACCUCAUCGAACUGACGGUGGUAGUACCGCGAAGCUCGACUUCCUUUAUGGUGGGCUACACAUACAUGAGGCAGAAUCAUGGAACCCGUUCUUCCCGUUUGGUUUCUAUGUCUCCUGGGGUGACUUUCUCAGAUACAGUUCCAGCCAAGACCAAUACAACUCACUUGGCUACAAUCUCGCCAGUCCACUUCCAAUUGGCGGAGAUACGCCGUUCGAACAAUGA